AUGCCAGUGGUCAUUGAAAACAAGUCAGUCAGUCACCUGGAACCGGGUCGAACUUUGGACCCAUCCUAUCUGAAGAGUGUCCAGACUGUCGACUCCAGACUCCAGCAUCCCGUUGCACUCCUUUGGCAGCAAGUCGUGGCCGUGGCGCACCUCCCCAAACUGGAGCGAAACCACAACGGCCCACUACACGAGUACCACUGA